GGGUUGCUUUUGCCAUGGAGGAUAUUUAUGCUAAGUUUGUGUCUCAGAAAAUCAGCAAAACCCGCUGGCGACCGGUACCUCCGGGGAGCCUGCAGACCGCGGAUACCUUCGCUGUGGGCUCUUGGGACAAUGAGGAAAAUUAUGUUUCUCUGUGGUCUAUUGGAGAUUUUGGGAACUUGGACUCUGAUGGAGGGUUUGAAGGAGACCAUCAGUUACUGUGUGAUAUCAGACACCAUGGCGAUGUAAUGGAUUUACAAUUUUUUGACCAGGAAAGAAUUGUAGCUGCUUCAUCAACAGGAUGUGUAACAGUUUUCCUUCACCACCCAAAUAACCAGACUCUGUCGGUCAGCCAGCAGUGGACAGCCGCUCACUACCACACAGGUCCGGGCAGUCCUUCCUGCGGCAGUGCACCGUGCACAGGUAUUGUGUGCAGUAACCCAGAAAUUGUCACCGUCGGAGAAGAUGGUCGGAUCAAUCUCUUCAGAGUCGAUCACAAGGAGGCGGUGAGAACCAUAGACAAUGCAGAUAGCAGUACACUCCAUGCUGUAACCUUCCUUCGAACUCCUGAGAUUCUUACAGUAAAUUCAAUUGGGCAAUUAAAAAUAUGGGAUUUCAGAAAACAAGGAAAUGAGCCCUCUCAGAUAUUAUCACUGACUGGUGACCGAGUGCCCCUCCACUGUGUUGACAGACAUCCCAACCAGCAGCACGUUGUAGCUACAGGUGGCCAGGAUGGAAUGCUGAGUAUUUGGGAUGUUAGACAAGGCACUAUGCCUGUGUCUCUGCUGAAGGCUCAUGAAGCUGAAAUGUGGGAAGUGCACUUUCACCCGUCCAACCCGGAUCAUCUAUUUACUUGUUCUGAGGAUGGAUCCCUCUGGCAUUGGGAUGCCUCCACAGACGUACCUGAAAAAUCAUCACUGUUUAACCAAGGAGGAAGAAAUAGUAGUUUUUUGUCUCACAGCAUUAGUAGCCAGACUAAUGUUCACCAGUCUCUCAUAAGCUCCUGGCUCAGCACUGAUCCUGCAAAAGACCGUAUUGAAAUCACAAGCUUGCUUCCCAGCAGGACUUUGUCUGUGAACAGUUUGGAUGUUUUAGGUCCUUGUCUUGUUUGUGGAACUGAUUCAGAAGCCAUUUAUGUUACUAGACAGCUUUUCUCAUGAAAAUACUAUAAUUACAAGAUUUCAGGCAUACUCCCAUUCCAUUCAGCAGACUAACAUCCUUGCUCUGAGUGGGCCCUGAGUUGAUCUCACUCCUAGAAGGGUAGCUCCUGGGGGGGCACAUUUUUCAUGCACAGUGAGUGGCAAACUUGUGCCUCUGCUUUCAUCUACAUUAUAUGCUGCUGAAAAGUUUGAAGGAUUCAUACAUGUUCUUAGCACCCUUCUCAGGUUCCAGCAGCAAUUACAUACAAUUUCCCUGGGUUGUUAUAGUAAAUAACUGGUAGAGGGAGGGAGCCAUAUGUGUAGGCUUAGAAUAUUAACUUGGGCUGCAAAAAGUUUCAAGUUUGAAGCUUUGCUUUGAUUUAAGAGUAUUUGUAACCAUGAAUAAAAGAAAGUACGUUUGGAUAGUGUUACAUUUCUUAUCAGUUGGUGAAUUCUGCCAGAUUUAAUAAGAAACAUAAGCUUUCUGUAGUAUAAAUAAAACCCUGGUUUAUAAAUUUGUUCAUUAUCACUGCCUUUAUUCAUGAAACUAUCAAAUAGUUUCUUUGAGGGCUGCAGGAUCAGAGGUAGAAGGUACCUUGGAGAGCAUCUCUAACCCAAAUUUAACCAUCACUUCCACAGCAUUCCCGACAAAUUAUCAUCCAACCUGUACUUGAAAAUAUACUGUUACCAAGUUUCCCAUUUCCCAAUGCAGCUUCCCCUCACUUGGACAGCUCUUACUGAUACAGCAUUAUGGCAGGGUUUUAGUGUAUGAGUGGAAUCUAUAACAAUACUGUAAAACAAAAAGUAGAAUUAUAUUAUUGUGGGUUAAUGAAAUGAUCAUGUGAACCUACUGCAAGACAGCCAAUCACCAAUCAGUUUACUGAAUUUACAUUAUGUUGGGGUGCUUUACUAUAAGGUUUUACUAAAUAAAUUAAUUUUCAUAUACUGA